AUAAAAACAACCGAAGAGGACUCGGCUAGGCUCGGCUCGGGCUCGGGCUCCGGCUCCAAGCUGCUAAUCGUAAUCGUCGGUCGGAUCCCCUUCAGCGUGUCCCAACUAUCAUGGUCCCCGCUCCGGAGGAAAAAACAACACGGCUGGACCACGUCACACAAGCGGUUUUUUAAAAGCCCGAGGACCAUGUUACCGGGCGCCAUCACUUCUCCAAUGUGAAACAGCUCAGCUGAAGAAGAAGACGACGACGACGAACAAGUUGGUGCUUAGUACCCACCACGCGAGGAGGGAAAGACGGCGGCGUCCGGCCCGAGUUCGGGGCAACGCUCAUCCUUUCUGGCCCGUUCUUCCUGAGAGCUCCAUGGAGAAGAUGAAGCGCUUCAAGCGGCGGCUCUCUCAGACGUUACGAGGCAGCCACACCAUCGACGAGUCUCUCUCGGAGCUGGCCGAACAGAUGACCGUCGAGGAAAAUGUCCUGAAGGACGGUGCAGAACCCAUCGUGAAGAACGGCCGCCCUCCGUCGGCCCACAGCGUCCACUCCUUCCUGCACCAGUACGCGGGCUCCUUUAAGAAGCCACCGCUGCGACGGCCUCAGAGCGUCAUCGGCGGAGGCCUGGGCUCGCUCGUGGUGAUGCCUCGCAACGGCAGUCGCCUCGAAAUGAGAGAGCGUAUCGUACAACAUCACGUUGAGGAAACGAACAGGAGACUCGCUCGCUCAGUUCUCCAAAGAAGAGAUAUCGUCCACGAGAACCUGAAGAUGGGGUCCGACGGGGAGAGUGACCAAGCUUCCGGUACGUCUUCGGAUGAGGUGCAGUCGCCCACAGGCGUUUGCCUGAGGAACAGAGGCAACCGACGCAUUUCGGCAGAGGACCUGAACAAGCGUCUGUCCCUGCCCGCCGACAUCCGGAUACCCGACGGCUAUUUAGAGAAGUUGCAGCUGAGCAGCCCGUCGUUUGACCAGCCGCUCAGCCGCCGCUCCCGCAGGGCAUCGCUGUCGGAGAUCGGAUUCGGGAAGCUGGAGACCUACAUAAAACUGGACAAACUGGGAGAGGGGACAUACGCUACAGUCUUUAAGGGGCGGAGCAAGCUGACGGACAACCUGGUGGCUCUGAAGGAGAUCCGGUUGGAGCACGAGGAGGGGGCGCCAUGCACGGCAAUCCGAGAAGUUUCGCUACUGAAGGACCUGAAGCACGCCAACAUCGUGACGCUCCACGAUAUCGUGCACACCGAGAAGUCGCUCACACUGGUCUUCGAGUACCUGGACAAAGACCUCAAGCAGUACAUGGACGACUGCGGGAACAUCCUGAGCAUGCACAAUGUCAAGAUUUUUCUCUUCCAAAUCCUGCGAGGCUUAGCAUACUGCCACCGGCGGAAAGUUCUCCACCGAGACCUGAAGCCCCAAAAUCUGCUGAUCAACGACAGGGGAGAACUCAAACUGGCCGACUUCGGUCUCGCCAGGGCCAAGUCGGUGCCGACCAAAACGUACUCCAACGAGGUAGUGACCCUGUGGUACCGGCCCCCCGACGUGCUGCUGGGCUCCUCCGAGUACUCCACGCAGAUCGACAUGUGGGGCGUGGGCUGCAUCUUCUACGAGAUGGCCGCGGGCAGGCCCUUGUUCCCGGGCUCCACCGUGGACGAUGAGCUGCACCUCAUCUUCAGGCUGCUCGGAACGCCCGCGGAGGACAGCUGGCCUGGAAUCUCUUUUGUGGACGACUUCAAGUCUCACAAAUUCCCAAAGUACAAGACCCAGCUGCUCAUUAACCACGCGCCCAGAUUGGACACGGAUGGCAUCGACCUGCUGACGUCGUUCCUCAAAUACGAGUCGAAAAAGAGGAUCUCCGCAGACGAAGCCGCGAGGCAGCCGUACUUCAGGAGCCUGGGGCCUCGCCUUCGCACGCUGCCAGAGAACAUCUCCAUAUUCACGUUGAAGGAGGUCCAGCUGCAGAGAGACCCCGGCUGCCGGAACUCCUCGUACCCCGAGUCAGGCAACGGGAAGAGCAGAAGACAAAGCAUGCUGUUUUAGAGUCUUUGGACUGUAUUUGUUUCGGGUUAUUCGGGGAGAAUCUCUUGAGCGCAACACUCUUGAUUGCUGGAUGGCGAUGGAGCAUCAUCUUCAUCGUCUUCCCCCACCAGCCCUCCAAAACCACUCGGGGUUCUUGCCCACCCAUUCCCCCCCCACCCCAGACUUAUACAAGGUUUGGCCUCAACGUGGCCCAACAGACAUUUAUAUUCUAUAUUUAUUAAGAAGAGAGAAUGUGCUGCUAAAAUCCGACUACUGUUAAGAAUUCUAACUGGCUCAGUCACUUUAAGAAGAACAUGCAAUGUGUAUAAAUUUUUAAUCUUUUGAAGUGGUAACAUUUGUUGUUGUUGUGAUUUUCUUCAUUUUUCAUACGUAGACCUCGACCUAAAGAGAGAGAGAGAGGGAAAAAAAAAAAAAAAAAGAUGUUUUCAUUGGCUCUUCAAAAGGUCUGGACUUUUCCUCCCUUCCUCUGUAGGCCGCGUUGACUGCUGAGAGCUUGUUGGCGUGUCAUUCCGGUCGGGUAGCGCGUGCCAGGGCAUUCAAGGAAAGGUACACCUCAAUACUUUUCCCCCAUACUCGAGGCUCAAGUAUUUAAGACCACGUGUGUCGUCGUGUCUGUUACAAAGCAAACGCAAGCACAUACGGAGAAGCCAUUUGAGCAUUUAUACCAUGUCCUUGAUUUCGCACUAGUAGGCCAAAAGCGGCACUAGCGAGAUACAAUCAUUCUACUAGGGCGCUGAAUUGACUUACUACUUAACCGGGAUAUCAAGGAUGUCGAAUAAGUGCCAAGAUAGCAUUUCUUUUUCCACAUCAUGUGAGUUGUCAGAUCUUAAAAUUGGGUCAAGAUGUCAAAUGUGUGUGUGUGUGUGUGUGUGUGUGCGUGCGUGCGUACGUCGCAUCCCUGAAUCUAUUUGUUUCCGGAUAUGUUUUGUAUGAUAUUCUUUUGUGAAAAGUUGUUACCGGUGUGAGAUUUCAUUGCAGAUGCCCUCCCAUGAGUUUUAUUUCCUCUCAGAGUAAAGAUUAAAUUUAAAGUUGAAACAGAAAAUGAUUUGUUUUCCUUCUCUUGUAAAAGAAAAA